CAGAGGCGUUUUACAGUCCUAGAACAUCCAAUAAGAUGCGAGUUCUACAGAGUCAGCCAAUGGUAUGCGUGCAUUUUCAAUGACUACCAAUCAGCUCAUGUGCUGACUCAGUGGCUAUUUACUUUGACAGUGAGAAGCUAACUAGCGCUAGCUUCACUUCAUCCCAGGGCUGAGCAGACUGACCCCCGCUCCCAAGAUGGCUUGUGUUCGAGCGUUUGGUGUUCUUUCCAGAUUCACAUCAAGGAGAUACGCGCUCUUCACAGGUGGUACCUGUCGCACCUUCUCAGUAGCUCCUGCAAUGCUAGCCAGAACCCAUGUGAACUAUGAAGUUAAGGACGAUGUUGCUGUCAUACGGAUCAACGACCCAAACUCCAAGGUUAACACACUGUCAAUCCAAAUGCAAAAGGAGAUGGGAGAAGUAAUGAAUGAAGUUUGGGCCAACGACGCCGUUAAAAGUGCUGUCCUCAUCUCUUCAAAGCCGGGAUGCUUCAUUGCAGGAGCUGAUAUAAAUAUGAUCCAGGCCUGCAACAGUGAAGAAGAGGUAACCAAACUUUCUCAGGACGGGCAGAAGAUGUUUGAGCUAAUUGAAAAAUCUCCUAAACCCAUUGUUGCUGCCAUCAACGGCUCUUGCUUAGGUGGAGGCUUAGAGUUUGCCAUCGCCUGCCAGUACAGAAUUGCAACAAAGAGCAAGAAAACAGUUCUUGGUACUCCCGAAGUAAUGCUUGGUCUUCUGCCUGGAGCUGGUGGUACCCAGAGACUCCCCAAAAUGGUUGGUCUACCCAAUGCCUUUGACAUGAUGCUGACAGGAAGAAAUAUCCGAGCAGAUAAAGCCAAGAAGAUGGGGCUUGUCAACCAACUUGUAGAUCCCCUAGGACCUGGGCUGAAGAGUCCAGAAGAAAGAACAAUAGACUACCUUGAGGAAGUUGCGAUUGAAUAUGCCAAAGGGAUCGUCAGUAAGAAGAUCCCUCUCCACAAAGCGAAAGGAACGAUGGAAAAAAUUCAAGACUACGUUAUGAGCUUUGAGUUUGUGCGGAAUCAGAUUUACAAAACUGUCUACAGUAAAGUUAUGAAGCAGAGCAAGGGACUUUAUCCGGCACCCCUGAAAAUAAUCGAAUGUGCAAAGGCUGGACUAGAACAAGGCCCUGUUGCCGGAUACUUAGCUGAGUCUCAGAAUUUUGGUCAGUUGGCAAGAACCUCGGAAUCGGCGGCCCUGAUUGGUCUCUACCAUGGUCAAGUUGCGUGCAAGAAGAACCGCUUUGGAGUUCCUGAAAGAGAAGUGAAGACUCUCGCCAUCUUGGGAGCAGGUUUGAUGGGAGCAGGCAUCGCCCAGGUGACUGUGGACAAAGGUGUGCACACAAUCCUGAAGGACACCACAACUUCUGGACUGGCCAGGGGAGAACAGCAGGUUUACAAAGGGCUCAAUGACAAAACUAAAAAGAGGAACAUCACGUCAUUUGAGAGAGACUCCAUCCUGUCCAACCUGACUGGCCAGCUGGAUUACAGCGGCUUUGAAAAGGCCGACAUGGUUAUUGAAGCUGUGUUUGAAGACAUUAACAUCAAGCAUGCUGUCCUGAAGCAAGUGGAGGCUGUGGUUUCCCCUCACUGCAUAUUUGCCAGCAACACGUCCGCUCUGCCCAUCAAGGAUAUUGCUGCUGUCAGCAAGAGACCAGACAAGGUGAUUGGGAUGCACUACUUCUCUCCAGUAGACAAGAUGCAGCUCCUGGAGAUUAUAACCACCAAUCAGACGUCUAAGGACACCACAGCCUCCGCUGUGGCAGUCGGCCUGAAGCAGGGCAAAGUCAUCAUCGUUGUUGGGGAUGGACCUGGCUUCUACACGACUAGGUGCCUGGCUCCCAUGUUGGCUGAAGCAGUACGAGUACUUCAGGAAGGAGUUGACCCCAAGAAGUUAGAUGCACUCACCACAGGCUUUGGGUUCCCUGUGGGUGCAGCCACACUGGCUGAUGAAGUUGGUAUCGACGUUGCCGCGCACGUGGCCGAGGACCUCGGCAAAGCUUUCGGCUCUCGCUUUGGUGGUGGAAAUGUGGAGGUUCUUAAGUCCAUGGUGGACCUGGGAUUCAAGGGCCGCAAAUCAGGAAAGGGUUGCUAUGUCUACCAGGCUGGACUCAAGACCAAAGAAGUCAACCCAGAAAUUGGAGAUAUCCUUGAGAAAUUCAAGUUGACACCAAAUCCUGCUGUAUCAUCCGACUCUGAUGUGCAGUACAGGCUUGUUUCCCGAUUCGUCAACGAGGCCGUGUUGUGUUUGCAGGAGGGCAUUCUGAACAACCCUCUGGAAGGAGACAUCGGGGCUGUGUUUGGGCUGGGAUUCCCCCCCUGCCUUGGAGGACCUUUCCGUUUCGUGGACAACUUUGGUGCAGACAAGCUGGUGGAGAAGAUGAGGCAAUUUGAAGCCGUCUACGGGAAUCAGUUCACACCAUGCCAGCUGCUUAUUGAUCACGCAAAGGAUCCUAGCAAGAAAUUUCACAAGUGACCGUGUGUGCCAAUAGCUUUCAGGAGACCUGCGGUCUGCCACUAGACUGUGCCUAACAUUUAUGUCAUGAGUGGGGGAAAACUUCUGGGAAUACGGUCAUGUUGUCAGUUUUUUAGGUACACCUAGCUUAAACAAAUGCAGUUUAAUACUGCAGUCCUAAUAAAAUAAAAUAAAAAAAGAGUCCAGAUUUAUAACAGGAUUGUUGUAUCAUUACUUUUAGCUGGUGCACCUUGUAAAGUGGCAACUGAGUGUGUUCAUGUCAGCUAAAUCGAAUGUUUUUUUUGUACUUUAACAUUAUUGAUUAACUUGAUGAGGCUGUAUGAUUGAGGAGCAGAUGGAGACUAAUUAUUCUCACAUUGCAGAUGUAAAAAGACUGAAGGCAAAAGAAUAAAAAUAUAUUUCCAACAAACAAAUUAAAUAAAUGUCUACCAGUAUGGUUCAGAAAAUGGCUUUUGUUUUUUUUGUACAUUAAAGAUCUUCUGGCCUGGUUUGAGCAAUGUUGUAAAUGUGAAGACUGAAUAAAAUGCUGUUGUUGAAAUCAAA